AGAACCGUAGCCACUUGGCUCGAGCUGGGGCCCCCCUGGACAGAGACCACUGCAUGGGCUGCCAGCACACUCGCCUGGGCCAGAGGCCAGGUGACGCACGCGGGGUGAUGUCGACUGGGGGAGCUGCCCCGUCAGACAUCGCGACGGCCUCCCGGGGUGCGCACGAGCCGCGGCCGCUGGUGGUCGUCGGCCACGGGCCGACAAGCCACGCGUUCCUCAAGAGCCUGCGGCUCCAGAGCCCCGUGGAAUAUCAGGUGACCGUGCUCUGCGAAGAGCCGAGGCCAGCGUACGACCGGGUGCGGCUCACGGAGUACUUGCAGGACCGCGACAGCGAUCGGCGAGACAGGAUGCGCCUCUCCUUGGUCAGCGAAGCUGAGAUGCUUGGGCGCGGGGUGCGGCUGGUGUACGGCCGCGGGACGGCUAUCGACCGGCAUGCCAAGCUGGUGACCGUCGUUACCGUUGCUGGCGCCGAGGAGCAGCUUCCCUACGAGGUGCUAGUGCUGGCCACCGGCAGCAGCUGCUUCGUGCCCCCGGUGCCCGGCCUCUCCCUGCCGCACAAAGCCAAUCCGUUGUGGCCAGACGACCCGGCAUCUCGCCCGCCAGGUGUAUUCGUCUACAGGACCAUCGAGGAUUUGGACAGGCUGAUUGCUGCAGUCGAGCGCGGUGCAAGCAAGGCUGCGGUGAUUGGAGGCGGGCUGCUCGGCCUGGAGGUCGCUGGCGCCCUACGCGACUUGGGCCUGGACUGCUGUGUCCUCGAGUCGGCUCCCCACCUGCUGUCGUCGCAGCUCAACAGGGCCGCUGGCGAGAUGCUGGCCCAGAAGGUGGCCGACCUCGGCCUGACUGUGCACACCGAGGCCGUACUCGACGAGGUGAUGCUACAGGAUGGCCGUGCCUCCAGCGUGCGCUUCUACGCGGCCGGCGCCUCCGAGCCCAGCGAGGUUGAGGUCCAGAUCGUCGUCGUCGCCGCGGGCGUGGUGCCGCGCGACGGGCUGGCGCGUGGCUGCGGGCUGGCGCUGGGUCGGCGCGGGGGCGUGAAGGUGGACUCGGGCUUGCGCUCGUCAGACCCCUCCAUCUUCGCGAUCGGAGAGGUCGCGGCCAUCGGCCUCUGCACAUGCUACGGCCUCUGGGCCCCAGGGGUCGAGCAGGCGGGCGCUCUGGCCAGGGUUCUGGCCGAGGGCCCCGGCGCCGCGCGGUACGAGGGGAGCGACCUGAGCACGGACCUCAAGUUGGCCGGCGUGCCAGUCGCGGCCUUCGGCCGCGACGCCGCCUUCUGGGCAGAGCGGCAGUUCGACGACGGCGCCCAGGGUGUCCGGCACGAGGACCUCUACGGCGAGGAGGCCGGCGUCUAUGCGGCUCUGCCUUUCAGCCGACGACAGCCGCCUGCUCGGAGGCAUCCUGGUGGGAGACACGCGGCAGUUCGGCGCGCUGCUCGGGAUUUGCAAAAACGGUGGCAAUCCCGACAGCUUGUUGCGCGGUGGCGCUGAUGACGCAGGCGACAGGGCGCCAGGGGGAUGGCUGCACGUGGGCCACGUCUCCGAGCUGAACCAAGCGGAGCCGCGCGAGGAGGGCGGGUGGCGGGCGCUCCCCUUCGUGUGGGAGGGCGCGUCCUGCGCGGCGAUGGUCCGGGACGGCGUCUGGGUGGCCUUUGCCCGCGCUUGCCCGCACGCGGGCAUCGACAUGUACGAGGGCGACAUCGAGGAUCUGGGCGCAGGGCCCAUACUGUCGUGCCCCGCCCACGCCUACCUCUUCGACUGCCGCACGGGGGCGUGCCUCUGGGACUCGGCGCUCUGCCAGCCCGCCCCCACGCCGGCCAUGGCCGUCUUCGACGUGGAGGACAGGGACGGCCACAUCUGGGUGCGCCCCCGCGGGGGGCCCGCCCCGCAGCGCGCCGCCUGGAGCCAGGAGGAGGCGAACGCGCUCCAGAUGGCCUUCCUGGACGUCGUGCUGAGCAGGAAGUUCCCCGACUGACACGGCAGCCGCGGACGCGCCCGCGCGGGAUGGGUGCCGCUGCCAUCGGGGCGUUUCUUUUUGCCGGGGCACAGGGCUUUACUUCUUGUGCCGGGCACCUGUCCUCCAUCUCCUCCUUUUUCCUACAUCCCGCCCCCGAAGAAUAAGGCUCUCUGUUUCUUUUGACGUGUUUCUCCAUCUGACAAUUUAUUAUGUUGCAUGCGUCCUCGGGUCGGGUUCACGCUGGGUCAUAAGCGCCCUCGGUCAGCGUCGCGCAGUGCCCGAAGUCCUGGACAUACGAUGGGCUGCCGGGAUGCUGCACACACGCUCUUGCACCUCUCGUCCCAUCGGGCAGCCUUCAGGAGGG